AUGAAGGCUACCACUAUCUGCUCCUUCCUCCUGGCCACCGGCACUGCUCUGGCUAUGCCUGCCAAACGAGCCAAGCAAACCAUUACUAUUAGCGAGCUUUUCGCUUCUCAGACUGAUCAGAACGGAUAUGUUACCUUCAAGCUGGACGACCCUAACUACAACGAUGUGACCGGUGCCAAUGUGAUCUGGCGUCGUCCCGGAAACCCUAUCGAAGGCGCUCGUACCAGCGACGCCGCCUACUACGUCCAAUUCCCAGGCGGCGUGAAUGAUAUCUCCGUCUUUAUCUUGCAGCUCCAGCGAGUCAACAGCACUGAAAAAGUCUCGUUCACCCUCAAUGACAAUGGGAGUGGCCAUGCCCCGGGCACCAAGUGGCACUGCAACUCGACGGAGAGCGGCACGCAGACGGUGAAGAAGUGCAACUAUGAUGGUGUCAUCUCCUUAUAA